GGGCCGUAACCAAGGGCCUCCCGUUGCUAAGGGAGCUGGCAGCGGAGCCCGUGGCAGGGACCCGGAGCCGAGCGGGCUGCAGGGACCCCACUGCCCCAGCAUGAGCAGUGGCGGCACCGACUCCGCCGCCUCGGUCCUGGCCGAGCUGGACUGGGACGAUGGGUUCGCCGUCCCCGUGGCCAACGCGGAGAACAAGGCGCUGGAAGAGGAAUUGCAAAAGUUGCAGAAAGAAAAGGCAAACUUAAAAAAUCAGUUGACUGACUUUGAAGAGCGUAUUGAGGCAAUGACAUCACAUUUGAAAAACGUCAGACAGGAGUUCAACUUUACACAGUCUCUUCACAGAGCCAGAGAGAAUGAAAUUGAAACCGAAGAGCACUUUAAAGCCCUUGCUGAGAGAGAGCUUGGACGACUCAAAAAAGAGAUUCAACGGCUGGAAAAUGAGAUGGUUUCCUUAAGAGAAAAGAAAAAUAGUCAAGAAAAUAAUAUAUUCAAAGCCACUCAGAAGCUGGAAACCUUAAAAUGCCAGAUGAACUGGGAUCAGCAAGCUCUGGAAGCCUGGUUAGAGGAAUCAGCUCAUAAAGACAAUGAUGCAGUCACAAUCCAGAAGUAUGCUCAACAGGAUGAUGGGAAAUUAAGAGUGCUGACCCAACAGGUAGAAAAGAUGACUAUGGAAGCUAAUCAGAAACGCAAAAUUCUUGACAAUGAACUUACAGAAACCAUAAGUGCUCAGAUAGAGCUGGAUAAAGCAGCUGAAGAUUUUCGCAGGGUUCACCAUGAAAGGCAAGAGCUCAUCAGACAGUGGGAAAGUACAAUAGAGCAGAUGCAGAAAAGAGAUCAAGAAAUAGAUCGCUGUGCUUUGUUAUUAGCCCAGGUAAGACAGGAGAUCCGAAAGAAAGAAGAUGUGAUUAAAGAGAAGAUUCGCUUUUUGGCAAACGAGACCGGGAACAACGUGGAGUAUGAAAAGAGAAUUUCUGUUGCUGACCGGCAAGCUGCCAAACUCAGAUUAGAUUACCAAAACCAAGAUGCUUAUAGAGUUCAACUUCAGGAUGAGCUGGAUACUUUAAAAGCCACUGUGGACAGAACUGCUUCUGAUUUAGAAUCUCUGAGAACAGAAAUGGCCAAUCUGAAGAAAGAAAUCCAGGAAAAACAUGUCAGGUUAAGCCAUGUUAAAGACCAGAAUGUGAAUCUUUCAAAUAAACUAAAGUUUGUGACUGAGAAGACAUUGAGUUUAGAAGAAAAAGCUUUCAGGAUGGAAGAAAUACUAAAAGAAGAGGAGAAAAUUGUUAAAGAAAAAGAAACACAAAGGAACCAGUUGAAAGAACUCCAUUUCAAGAAAACUCAGGAGUUACAGAUACAGAAGGAGAAGGAGAAAUCUAUUAUUGCAGAAAUCGAGGGAACCCGAGCAUCACUUAAAAACCUUAACAGUCGUUUACGCACACUUGAUGCAGACACCUUAAAGCAACAGGAAAUCAUGUAUAAUCAGGAUUUUUAUAUUCAGCAAGUGGAACGACGACUGUCACGGUUACAAGGGGAUGUUAAUACAGAUGAAAGGCAAGUUCUGGAAGCAAAAGUUGCUGAACUUACAAAGACCUUAGAAGAAAAGAAAGAUGCAUAUAAUCUUUUACAUGCCCAGCACAAGAAACUUCAGAGUGAUGUCCAUUUUAUCAAGAGAGCAAUGGAUAAGACAGGAGAAGAAAUGACUGGUCUGAUGAUCAGAAUAGAUGAAUUAAACCUUUUCAAUGACAAAUCAGAUAAAGAGUUAAAAAAAGCCAAAGCUCUUAAGCAGGAUUUGAUGAUUGAAGAUAACCUCUUAAAAUUGGAAUUGAAACGUCUUCGAGAUACACUGUACAACAAGGCAGAGCAAGUUCUCUCACUGGAAAAACGAAAGCUACAGUUAAAUACAGCUAUGGAAGAAAGAACUGAAGAAAUUAAGGUUCACAAGGCAAUGAUUGAAUCGCAGAUAAGAUUUGUGGAGCAGGAACGGCAAAGUGUAAGUGCUGAAUUUCAAGACCGUCUAAGUAAAAUUGAAAAACUAAGAUGCAGAUAUGAAAUUCUUACCAUCGUCAUGAUGCCUCCUGAAGGAGAAGAGGAGAAAACUCAGACAUACUAUGUCAUUAAGGCCGCCCAGGAAAAGGGGGACCUUCAGCGUGAAGGUGAUGAUUUGGAUGCAAAGAUCCGCAAAGCUGAAAAAGAAGUCAUAGCCCUGCAAAAUACCAUGCACGUGCUUAAUAACUGCAACAGCAAUUACCGGAACUCUUUUAAAACAGUGACAGAGACAAGUGAGGAGUACAAAGAAAAGCUGCAAUUAGAAGAAGAAAAAAGAGCUGCUGAUGAAAAAUACAGAUACAAGCGAAGACAGAUCAAGGAGCUUCAAGAAGACCUUCAGAGUAUGGAAAACACUUUAGAAAUCAUGAUAAAAGAGGAGGCUGUCUACCAAGAAAAAACAAAUCAGAAGCAAGCUCAGGUUUUGCAGCUGAACAAAGAAAUAGAUCAACAGAAGCCAAAGUUAGAAAGAGUCAUGACACAGUGUUUCAGACUAUCCAAAGAAGUCCGAUCUUUAAAGAAAAGUAAAACGAAAACACAGGAGGAAGAAGACAUUGACCUCCGUGAGCUGAAAGACUAUAGCAGAACCAUUGACAAAGUGUUGGUUGAUGUAUUAGAAGCAAACCCUGAUUUAACUCAACCCUUUCAAACAUACUUCCAACAGUCCUGUUUAGAACUUCCUACAGCUGCUUCCAUAGGUAGUCAUUACAGUUCUAGAUCAUCUUCACAAAGCUCUGUGGCCUCUAUCAGAUCAACCAGGAGCACCAUGGGUUCAACUUCUGGCCAACCAUCCCCACUUAAAAUUAUAGAUCUGAGUUUAUCGUUCGGUUCACCGGCAGCAACAGCAAGUGCUGGUUCACGGCCUUCCAGUGCAGCUAGUAGCUCCAGUAGUCUUCAUAGCAGAAAGAGCCUGAAAUAAUAUUUCGAACUCCACUACAGCUGACUCACAUCACACUAGUGCUUCUGAAUUGGUAAAAUUGCUUUAAUGCACAUUUCCUUAUUUAGAAAGAUCUUCUGUUUGUUAGAAACAUUUACUAGACUGAAGUAUAUAUUUUAAUUUAGUGGCUAAGAAAAUGUAUGUUGUAAACAAACUGUGUCAAAUGAUCAAAUUGGCAGAAAGACUGUUUAACAAAUAAAACUUUAAAUGAAAUUGUGUCUAACUUGUUUAAUUCCUGCUGUUAUGACUAAAGGACUUUUGGGAAAUCCUCAAAAUGUCAGUGAUUUAAAUUCUUACUUGGCACGAGAUCAGUAUAUAUUUCUAGGGACACGUAACUAGUCUUCCUACUUUCCCCUCUAACACAUCACUGAUUACAGUAAGUUGAACACCCUCUGCAAUGCAGAUUUAUGAUCAUGUCAUGGUCAAAGAAAACAGUCUUCAAGUAAGUAUUAUAUCUUAAUGUUAGCUAAUUACAAGUAGACUAGAUUUCUUCUUCUUGCAAAAUUUGGGAGGAAGGUGGGGGAAAAUGAAUUUGUGAAUAAAGCCAACUUUCAAAGUUUCCACUAUUUCAUUAAAUAUAAUCCGUCACACAACAAAUGGGUUAUAUUUGAAACUUUGUUAAAACUCUGGAAUAAGUUAUACCAUUUUUCUUCCUCCAAAUGACAAUAUAAUCAUGACACACAAGGUGGGUGAGGUACAGUAACUCACUUAAAGUUGUCCCGGUUAACGUUGUUUCGUUGCUGAUCAAUCAGAGAUCAUGCUCCUUUAAAGUUGUGAAAUGCUCCCUUAUAACGUUGUUUGGCAGCUGCCUGUUUUGGCCGCUGCUUGCAGAAAGAGCAGCCGGUUGAAGCUAGCUGGUGGGGGCUUGGAAGCAGGGUGGACCGGCAGCCCCCCACUCCCCUAAGUUACCUGUGCAGCAGCCACCCAGCAGGCUAUCAAUUGCCGGCAGUUCAUCUGUCCCUCCCCCGACUGCCAUGUGCUGCUCUUGUCUGCCUUAGAGCUGCUCCCGGGAGCCUCCUGCUUGCUGUGCGGGGGAGAAGAGGGGCUAAUGUCAGGGUGUCCCCAUCCCCCCUGCUCAUCCCCCGCUUACUCUAUAGAGCAGGGAGGACACAACAGGGCUCAGGACCGAGGGAGAUUGCCACAGCAGCUGCUGUGGCACCGCUAUGGGCACCUGCAUGGCCCCACAAUAUGCCAAUAUUUUUAUGGCCGACCUGGAACAACGCUUCCUCAGCUCUCGUCCACUCACGCCCCUUCUCUACUUACGCUACAUUGAUGACAUCAUCAUCUGGACCCACGGGAAGGAGACCCUGGAAAAAUUCCACCACAAUUUCAACAGCUUCCACCCCACCAUCAACCUCAGCCGGGACCAAUCUACACGGGAGGUCCACUUCCUAGACACCACGGUGCA